GAGGGGCGGUGGAGGAGGGCGGGGAGGAGGGCAGGGAGGAGGGCAGGGAGGAGCGCUCUUCCUGGUUGGGCCCUGCCCUGAGCUGCCACCAAGGAAGCCAGCCCCAGGGACCGCAGCAAUCUCCCAAACUCCCCUUCCCCAGGAUGACAGAGGAGUUAAUCACCCCUGUGUACUGCACCGGGGUGUCAGCCCAAGUACAGAAGAAGCGGGACAAGGAGCUGGGCUUGGGCCGCCAUGAAAACGCCAUCAAGUACCUGGGCCAGGAUUAUGAAACGCUUCGGGCAAGAUGCCUGCAGAGUGGGGUCCUCUUCCAAGACGAGGCCUUCCCUCCGGUUUCUCAUAGCCUGGGCUUCAAGGAACUGGGUCCUCAUUCCUCUAAAACCUAUGGCAUCAAAUGGAAGCGGCCUACGGAACUGAUGUCAAACCCCCAGUUCAUCGUGGAUGGAGCCACCCGGACAGACAUCUGCCAGGGAGCACUGGGGGACUGUUGGCUCCUGGCUGCCAUUGCCUCCCUCACCCUCAACGAGACUAUUCUGCACCGAGUGGUUCCCUACGGCCAGAGCUUUCAGGAUGGCUACGCUGGCAUCUUUCAUUUCCAGCUGUGGCAGUUCGGGGAGUGGGUCGACGUGGUCAUAGAUGACUUGCUGCCCACCAAGGACGGGAAGCUGGUGUUCGUGCACUCUGCCCAGGGCAACGAAUUCUGGAGCGCACUGCUGGAGAAAGCCUAUGCUAAAGUGAAUGGCAGCUAUGAGGCUCUUUCGGGAGGCUGCACCUCAGAGGCCUUCGAGGACUUUACCGGUGGGGUCACUGAGUGGUACGACCUGCAGAAGGCCCCCAGCGACCUCUACCAGAUCAUUCUAAAGGCCCUGGAACGAGGCUCCUUGCUGGGCUGCUCCAUUAAUAUCUCCGAUAUCCGUGAUUUAGAGGCUAUUACUUUUAAGAACCUGGUGAGGGGCCAUGCGUACUCUGUGACGGGCGCCAAGCAGGUAACUUACCAGGGCCAGCGGGUGAACCUAAUCCGGAUGCGGAACCCCUGGGGUGAAGUGGAGUGGAAAGGACCCUGGAGUGACAGCUCCUAUGAGUGGAACAAAGUGGACCCCUAUGAACGAGAGCAGCUGAGGGUCAAGAUGGAGGAUGGGGAGUUCUGGAUGUCGUUCCGAGACUUCAUCCGUGAAUUCACCAAACUGGAAAUCUGCAACCUUACACCGGACGCCCUUAAGAGCAGGACCCUCCGGAAUUGGAAUACCACAUUUUACGAGGGCACCUGGCGUCGGGGAAGCACCGCUGGAGGCUGCAGGAACUACCCAGCUACCUUCUGGGUAAACCCCCAGUUCAAGAUCCGGUUGGAGGAGGUGGAUGACGCAGACGACUAUGACAACCGGGAGUCGGGCUGCAGCUUCUUGCUGGCCCUCAUGCAGAAACACCGCCGCAGGGAGCGUCGCUUUGGCCGGGACAUGGAGACCAUCGGUUUUGCAGUGUACCAGGUCCCUCGGGAGCUGGCGGGUCAGCCUGUGCACUUGAAGCGUGAUUUCUUCCUGGCCAACGCUUCUCGGGCGCAGUCAGAGCACUUCAUCAACCUUCGGGAAGUCAGCAACCGUAUCCGCCUGCCGCCCGGGGAGUACAUAGUGGUGCCCUCCACCUUCGAGCCCAACAAAGAAGGCGACUUCCUGCUGCGCUUCUUCUCAGAGAAGAAGGCUGGGACCCAGGAACUAGAUGACCAGAUCCAGGCCAACCUCCCUGAUGAGAAAGUUCUCUCUGAAGAGGAGAUUGAUGACAACUUCAAGACCUUGUUCAGCAAGUUGGCAGGGGAUGACAUGGAGAUCAGCGUCAAGGAGCUACAGACCAUCUUGAACAGGAUCAUUAGCAAACACAAAGACCUGCGCACUAAUGGCUUCAGCCUGGAGUCGUGCCGCAGCAUGGUGAACCUCAUGGAUCGAGAUGGCAACGGGAAGCUGGGUCUGGUGGAGUUCAACAUCCUGUGGAACCGCAUCCGAAAUUACCUGACCAUCUUCCGGAAGUUUGACCUGGACAAGUCUGGCAGCAUGAGUGCCUAUGAGAUGAGGAUGGCCAUCGAGGCUGCAGGCUUCAAGCUUAACAAGAAGCUGCAUGAACUCAUAAUCACCCGCUACUCGGAGCCCGACCUGGCCGUGGACUUUGACAACUUUGUGUGCUGUCUUGUGCGGCUGGAGACCAUGUUCCGGUUUUUCAAACUUCUGGACACAGACCUGGAUGGUGUUGUGACCUUUGAUCUAUUUAAGUGGCUCCAGCUGACUAUGUUUGCCUGAAGUGGGGAAUCGCUCCGCUCCAGUUGCCUUUGUUCUUCCAUUCUUCCUCUGCCAAGCCACGCCUCCCCGCCAAGCCACGCCUCCCCGCCGUGCCACUCCAGACUACACCAGCUUCUGGUGCCUUCCUCAGAACAGGAAGGAAGGCACCCUUGUCCUCCUGUUCCCCUUGUCCUCCUGUCCUUUCACCUCCCCACUACCUCUGUUCGACUGCUCUGGGCAGUCACGGGGCCCUCCCUGCCCCUGUAGUCAGACUGGGCACCCUGACCCCUGCUCAGGGCUAAGACCAGGAAGACAGCUCCCUGCUCAUCCCUGCCUCGGGGCAGGGGCAGGGGCAGGGGCAGGGGCAGGGGCAGGGGCAGGGGCAGGGGCAGGCACCCCUGCCCCUCCCCCUCGCUGCUACUGUCCGGAUGUGAGUCUUGCCUAAUCUGUGGAGGCUCUAGCCCCUGUCAUCCCCUAGAGCUGCAGACUUCAUAACCACUAGCUAGCUCCCUGUCUGCACCCGGGUGUUGAAGGCCUCACCUCACUGUGGGAGCCCCACAGCCAGACUCACCUUCCUGUGCCUUCUGUGCAGCAGCCAAGAUCCCUCUGCAAACCAAACUACACCUCUCCUAGCCUGUGUGCCCACCAGGAACUUCCUGGCCCCGAGGGUGCUCAGGCCCUCCCCAUCCCCGACCCCUCUCCCUCUCUUUUUUUGUAUAUAUACUGGUCAUUUUCAAGGGAAUGCCUGAGGGAUGAGUGUACUGGUUAUGGAGGAACUGGGGGUGGGGUAGGGAGGUCCCGUGUUUCAGUGCAGUGAGAAAAUAAAAUGAAAGGCUGUA